UUCGAUUCCUCCUCCAUGUUUUUUUUUUAUUGAGAACUCUGUUUUUAUAAUGUAAAACACUUAUUAGGGUUACAGGCGAUUCAGUAUUCAGCUAUUCACUCACACAUUCACAAAAUCCAGCCUCCAGCUCCAGCCGUCCACCACUCCAAUCUCUCAGCAAAGAAAGAGUUGGUUUGGUUUGUGCAAUGGAUGAUGUAUAUGGAGCUAUUAUAGACGCUGUGCCAUUACACAAGAAUCUUCACUUUAAUUUUUUAGGUCAAAACCGGACCAAAGAUGAUUCCUUUUCGAUGGAGUUUCAACUUCCCGAUUUUCGACCACCCAUUGCUAAAUUUGUAAAGACAAGAGAAGCUGGAGAGUUUCUUAGUGGUGCUUUGGCUGGAGCUAUGACGAAAGCUGUUCUUGCUCCUCUAGAAACCAUAAGGACUCGAAUGGUGGUUGGUGUUGGGUCAAAAACGAUAUCCGGUAGUUUUCUAGAGGUGAUUGAAAAACAGGGUUGGCAAGGACUUUGGGCCGGCAAUGCAAUCAACAUGAUACGAAUUGUUCCCACACAAGCAAUUGAACUUGGAACUUUUGAAUGUGUCAAACGAGUAAUGACAUCAGCAAAAGAAAAAUGGAGUCAAGAAGAGUGUCCGAGUGUGCAAAUCGGUCCGGUCAAACUAACUUUUUCUCUCUCAUGGCUCUCACCGGUUGCCGUUGGGGGUGCAGCCGCAGGGAUUGCUGGCACCCUUGCAUGUCAUCCUCUUGAAGUUAUUAAGGAUCGGUUGACUGUCAGUCCUGAUACUUAUCCUAAUUUGAGUAUUGCUGUUCAGAAGAUGUUUAAAAACGGCGGGAUUGGUUCUUUCUAUUCCGGUCUUUCUCCGACGUUGAUGGGAAUGUUGCCAUAUAGUACUUGUUACUAUUUCAUGUACGAUACAAUUAAAAAGUCUUACUGCACUGCUCAAAAAAAGAAAUCUUUAAGUCGUCCCGAGAUGCUGCUGAUCGGAGCUCUUUCAGGUUUAACUGCAAGUACAAUAAGUUUCCCUUUAGAGGUGGCAAGAAAACGGCUAAUGGUUGGGGCUCUGCAAGGUAAGUGCCCACCGAACAUGGCGGCUGCAUUAGCAGAAGUUGUUAGAGAAGAGGGUUUGAUGGGAUUAUAUAGAGGAUGGGGUGCAAGUUGUUUGAAGGUCAUGCCAUCAUCCGGCAUCACAUGGAUGUUUUAUGAAGCUUGGAAAGACAUAUUGAUCGGUGACAAGGACAAACAAUGAUAAUAAAUGCGGUCGUGUUAAUGACCAUGUUUAACCAUUGUUUUGGUUAAUUUUGAUGUGCUAAGAAGAGAAUACAUGUACCUUUGAAUUUUGUUGCGGCUUUGUCACUUCAUGUGUGACCCUCUUUCAUGUUUUUGUAUGAAGGUGGUGAUUUUUGCUA